AUGGCCGACGUGUUUGAUUUCGAGUUGGACGGCCACGAGGCGCCGCCGAGUCAACCCUCGCCGCAGCGUCACAUGUAAGCAUUUUUUGUUUGAACCAAAAGUAUAUUGUGUUUGUAGUGAGAAUUCUAGCUCGAUGUGGGUGAUCCGAACUCAAUCGGGCUGGAAAUUUGACUGAAAAUACAACAAAUCACCAUUAAAGUUGAGGCCCUAUCGGGUAACUGUGUCGGGACCGAAAAAGUCGCAGUUUACGGUGCUCUAUACGAAAUUCUCAUGAUUUUAACUUUUUUUAAAUCAUAAAAGUGCUUGGAAACUGCUCUUCAUUCGUUCUCUAAUUCCUACAAGCGCCGUCUUGUGGGAAAGGUGUGUUUUUUGAAACCGGGCGCAGUGCUUGAUGAAUGAAAAACUGGCCAUUGAUCAAGGCGAAAACAACAAAAAAAUACUCUAUAGAUUCAGUGUGCUUAAUGUCAAUAAUUUCAGGUACCACUACGAACGUCAUUCGGAGGUCAUGGAGGACGACAACAUGUACAGCAAUGUGGCCGACGUGAGUUUGAAGCCGCAAGAGAUGGGGGAAUGAACGGGCCAAAUUACAGGGGCAGAUCUCGGCGCCGCCGCCGAGCUCCUCGUACAUGGAGGAUCCGAUGGUGGAGGCGAUUCAGUUGGACGCCAGUUCCAUCAAUCCUCCGAACGUUCGCGUGGGACCCGAAGAUUUUCAGUUGCUCAAAGUGCUCGGGAAGGGAGGGUACGGAAAAGUGAGGAAAAGCAUCCUUUCGGUCAUCUGGACCCGUUGGACUUUCAGGUUUUUCAAGUUCGCAAGACAACCGGCACGGAUUCCGGCAAGAUUUUUGCGAUGAAAGUGCUCCAGAAGGCGACGAUCGUCCGCAAUCAGAAGGAUACGGCACACACGAAGGCUGAGCGAAACAUUCUCGAAGCGGUCAAAUCGCCGUUCAUCUGUGAUCUUCUCUACGCCUUCCAGACGGGCGGAAAACUGUAUUUGAUCCUCGAGUAUUUGUCCGGCGGCGAGCUGUUCAUGCAUCUGGAGCGGGAGGGAAUGUUCAUGGAGAACGUGGCCAAGUUCUACCUCUCUGAGAUUGUCGUUUCGCUCGAGCACCUCCAUCAGCAGGGCAUUAUUUAUCGUGAUCUGAAGCCCGAGAACAUUCUUCUCGACGGUCACGGCCACGUCAAACUCACCGAUUUCGGACUGUGCAAGGAGGAGAUCGAGGGUGAUCAGAAGACGCACACCUUCUGCGGAACCAUCGAGUACAUGGCGCCCGAGAUUCUGAUGCGAUGCGGUCACGGAAAGGCCGUCGAUUGGUGGUCCCUCGGAGCUUUGAUGUUCGACAUGCUCACAGGAGGACCGCCGUUCACAGCCGAGAACCGUCGCAAGACGAUCGACAAGAUUCUGAAGGGACGGCUCACACUGCCCGCGUACCUGUCCAACGAGGCUCGCGAUCUGAUCAAGAAGCUUCUGAAGCGCCACGUCGACACGCGCCUCGGAGCCGGACAGUCGGACGCCGAGGAGAUCAAGGCGCAUCCGUUCUUCAAGCAACAGGACUGGAAUCAAGUGUACGCGCGACAGUUGGAGGCGCCGUUCAAGCCGGAGAUAGAGAACGAGGAGGACGUCUCGCUCUUCGACACGCGAUUCACCAAAAUGACACCGGUGGACUCGCCGUGCGAGACGAGCUUCAGUCUAAACGGCGACAAUCCGUUCGUCGGCUUCACCUACGUCGCGCCAUCGGUUCUUGAGAUGAUAAACAAGAACGGGCACGGACUAUCCGUCGCGCAGCUCGCUUCCUCGUUCUCGAAUCGCGGACAGAAAAGCCCGAGGAAGUGAGUGAAAUCGAGAGAAAAUUUUGCAUUUAUAAACGUGAUUUUCAGGCCGGGAGAUCCGCAAACGGUCGACUUCCACCACGGGCAUCAGCAGCAGUUCUUCGGCCACGGACACGAUCAGUCGGAGCAGCGGUUCGGCUUCGGCGGACCGACCACUUCAACGACCGUCGACUCUCGUCAGCCGAUCUUCGGACGAUUCGACGACGACGACGCGAUGGACACGUCGACGCCGCGUGCGAGUGAGAGCCGCGAGAAUGCGACGACUACGACGUCGAGCAGUGCGACGUCGAGGCCGUCGGGCAUCGGAAGCACCGCGUCGACGCCCAUUCCGCUACCCAAAAGGGUCAUGUGAAAGGGUGGAAGAGGUGAGAAUUCAGAGCGAUCACGUCAUUUUCUAGUUCUGACGUCCGAGUUCAAAUAUAUUGUACUUUUAUCUUCCAGAAAAUAGCCAAAUCUACAUGGCGACGCCGCCUCCGCCGCCAACAUCACCACCACAUUCCGGCAUCAUCAUCUUUCCCCUAUCACUGUGUUCCGUGA